AUACAAACACCACUACACAAACACCAUCACACAAACCACCUCCAAAACCACCCCCAACCGCCAAAUCCACUAUACAACGCUGCUUCUACUUCUCGUGUUGGUUGUGGUGCUUCGCCUGUGAAGAGUCGUCUAAGUAAGUGAGUGGAUUUGUUUCUCGGUGGCAACUCACGGUGAUUCACACAAACCUAUUGCGCUACGUGGUAAAGAUCGCUGCGGUGUUGCUUACGUGGUGGCGACGGCACGAUGUCAUCAAUUGAAAUGAAAUGGGUAAGGUCUCUAGUGGCGAGUGCUCCGGCAGCGGCGUAGCACAGGGACAAGAAGAGAUGGGAAAGAUGGAGAGUGAGGGAGAGAGAGAAUAAAACUAGGGUUGGAAUUGAAUUAGGGGUAAUAUUUAUUAUAUUCAUAACUAAUUUUUGAAUAAUGAAACUUGGUCCCUUAUUUUUGAAUUCUAAUCUUUAAACAUCUUGGAAUUAUGUAAUUUCCACGUGGGCAUAUUCAUCCUCCAGAGGCUGAACAUUAUGUAAGUUUCGUUGGUUGCAGUUUCACUGGUCGAUAAAUUGUCUCACAGAAGUUUGCUGCGAACCUCACCAGCUCCACCACCGGUUUCUGUGGACGAUAGACUAGUGGAUCAGAAGGUCAUUGAUCAGUUAUUGAAGAUUUCUUGCUGCAAAGGGUUGAUGACAUUGUUAAUAAUUGUGGAUUUUGCAUUGUCUUUUGGUUUGCUGAAAUCGAUUGAAAUUUUGUUUUGUGUAUUGGAUUGAUUGAAAUUGUGGUUCUCUUUGAGUUGAGAUCUGAUAAUUUUUACUGAAAAAAUAAAUUUAUUCUGAAUAAUUUUAACUCAUCUGGUGAAGUUACGUGUUUUUCUUAUAGUUAUUAGUUAGUUUUAGGCUCCCUUAUAGUAUGUGAUUCAAAUUGGUUCUAUGUGGAAUGGAAUGGGAUUCUUUUUGUUUUAGCCAGUUUUUAAUAUCUUAUUUCAUCUACAAGUUUUACAGGUGUUCAGCAUAAAAAUACAUGGAUUGAUGUAAAUAAGCAUGAUUUUUCAUGUUUACAAGUUUUAAAGUCCCUGGCUGAAUUGGAGAAUAUCCAUAUAACAACAGUAAAAGCAAUCAGAGAGUCUUCAGUUGCAGCUACACUCUUACUUCAAGUUCAAUAUUUGAUCUCUUGAAGAAUCAUAAGUUGCAACUUAAGAAAUCAGAAACGUCAACUGCACACUCAUGAAGCGUCUCUUGUGGAACUCCAUUACCACUUUGAGAUUCUAUUCAUCGUCGUCACAAAAUGUGCUCAAAACUGGACACGUUCUAAAGCAAGCCAGGAUAUUUUCAAAUUCCGACAUUAUCGAAUAUUCAAAGUUGACAAAUGACUCCAAUCCAUUGCAUUUUGAUCUUGAGCGACCCAAAAAUGUUGGUUUUGCUGAUCUUCCAGUACCCGGAAUGCUCAUAGCCUCUUUGUUUCCUUGGAUCAUUGCUUCCGAUUUCCCAGGGGCUGUUUAUGUGAAGCAAACUUUGGAAUUCAGGUCACCUGUGUAUUGUGGGGAAGAGAUCACUGGGGAAGUGCAUGCUAGCAAUAUUAGACAAAUGAAAGAGAAAUAUAUGGCAAAAUUCAUUACAAAAUGCUUCAAAGAUGGAGGAGUCCUUGUAAUUGACGGUGAGGCAACAGCAAUAUUGCCUACUCUGGCCAUGAAACAAACUUGAGGGACGCUGAGACUUAGAACAAACCCUAUCUAUACGGGGAAUGUGCACCAUUUUCCAGUCCAUUUUUCUUGACAAUGCUGUCUAUAUCUUUUUAAUAUUGCAGCAAGUAGGUGCCCAAUGGAAAUUGCCAAAUCAGUUUGACAAAGUCCGAAUUUUUUGAAAGCAUUAUUAAUUUAACAGUCUAUUGAAGCGUUGAAGAUGCUCUAGCAAGUUGAAGGGCAUGGACUGAGGGUGGUUUUGGGGUUGGCUGGAGCAGGGAGCGGUAGUGUAGGUUAUGCUAAUUUUCUUUUUUCCUUCUUGUUAUUUUCUUUUACU